GGUGAACAAGUGAAGUAGAAGUACAACGAUCAACAUCGCUGGCAUAACUUUCCACGGGAAUUACCUGCAAACUGCAAGAUAGGAAAGAGUAAAAUUAAGAUAGGAAGCAACCCACAGAGAACGACGUCCGGACUGGAUAAACUGAUCAGCUGCAGAGACCUACGCCACACUACACUACAGAUAUGGAGAAACAGAAACAGAAGAGUGCCGCCGUGGUGGGAGGUGGUCUGGUUGGGGCCAUGAAUACCUGCUACCUGUCCAGCCGAGGCUUCAAGGUGGAUCUGUACGAGGCCAGACCAGAUAUUCGUACUAUGGAGAUUGUACGAGGCCGUAGCAUCAACUUGGCACUGUCCUACAGAGGAAGGCAGGCCCUGAAGAAAGUUGGGCUGGAAGAUCAGGUUGUUCAGGACGGCAUCCCCAUGUAUGCCAGGAUGAUCCAUGACCUGAAUGGGACCCUGAGACCCAUACCGUACGGCAAGUCUGAUCAGUACAUCAUGUCUGUGGACAGGAGGAAGCUGAAUGAAACACUUUUAACAGCUGCAGAGGAAAGGCCUGAUGUCACUCUGCAUUUUCAACACAAGCUGGUCAGCUGUGACCUUGAAAAAGGGAAGUUGACUUUCAAAAUAGAACCUGCUAACGGUGAUGACAGUCUUGACCAGACUUACCAGAGGAACGGUGGAGAGGAUGUACAUGUGGAGGUGACGACAGACCUGAUCAUGGGAAACGAUGGGGCGUACUCUGCCAUCAGGAAACACAUGGUGAAGAGACCCAGGUUUAACUACAGCCAGGAGUACAUCCCACAUGGGUACAUGGAGCUGACUGUACCACCUCACAAUGGGGAGUUUGCAAUGGCCAUCAACUAUCUCCACAUCUGGCCUCGGAAUGAGUAUAUGAUGAUUGCUCUACCAAAUCAGGACAAGUCCUUCACCCUGACCCUGUUCAUGCCCUUUGACAUGUUCGAGCAGCUGAAGACAGGAGAUGAUGUCGUCAAGUUCUUCAUGGAGAAAUUCCCGGAUUCCGUCCCGCUGAUCGGAGAGGAAAGCCUUAAGGAAACCUACUUCAGACUGCCUCCUCUGCCACUGGUUUCUGUCAAGUGCUUCCCAUAUCAUGUAUCCGACAAGGCAGUUAUCAUGGGAGAUGCCGCCCACGCCAUGGUGCCCUUCUAUGGGCAGGGGAUGAACUGUGGAUUUGAGGACUGUCUGGUGUUUGAUGAGAUAAUGGAGAAACUUGACAGUGAUUUGAGCAAAGUCCUCCCAGAGUACUCCAUGUACCGAUCACCUGACGCUCACGCCAUCAACGACCUGGCCAUGUACAACUACAUCGAGAUGAGGAAGUCGGUGAACUCCAGGUGGUUUUUGAUGAGGAAGAAGGUGGACGCCUUCCUGCAUGCCAUCAUGCCCAGGGUCUUCAUCCCCCUCUACACCAUGGUUUCUUUCACCAGAAUCAGGUACCAUGUUGUCAUCAACAAGGCAAAGAAACAGGAUGUGCUGGUAGACAACUCUAUCCAGGCCCUGAUGGCCCUGGCUGCUGUGGGAGGGGGGUACUUUACUGCUGUUGCCAUCAGCCGACACCUCGACUCUAUUCCAGGCUGGCUUCGGGACUCUGUGUGGGGGUUUUUGAGAGGGGAUUUUGCUGUUUGAAAUACUAGUAGAUGCCCAAUAGAACAUGUUUCAAUGGGAAAACAUAGAUUAGGGUGGGAGGUAGCCACCUGCUAACAGCAUCAUUGAUUGAAUUCAGACUCAAGUAGGUGUUUCUUACUCCUUACCUUGUCUUACAAAAACUACAGUGAAGUGGCUGUAGCAUUAUGUGAGCCAUAGCAAACCCAUGCCACAUUGCCCUAUUCCUACUACCAAAGUCUAGCUUCUUGAAAAACAUCGCCUCAGUUGAGGAUGACUGCUUUACCUUCACCUUCCUUACCUUCAAUAGAGAGAUCCCAUAGCCCUGCCCACCUAAGUCUAAUGUGGAAAUAAAAGAAUUAGAAAUUUAGCUGAGGUGCAGACACUUUCUUAUUGGCUGAUUCACUAAUCUUGAUUUGCUGUAAUAUAUUCUGUUGCGUCUAAAUUUCCAAGCACACCAGUAGUUUAACAUCUGACUAGCUCGCGUAGGGUGCAUUGGCUGUAGGUCUGAUCAAAGCUUGUGUUAUUUUCUUGUUUCCAAAUAUUAUUUAAAUGUGCCAACGGUAACUGUUGCGACUGGUGUAUACCAUACUAGUUUAGAUUGUACCACAACUGGUACUUAAGCAAAGCUCCUGUUAGUCUAGUAAUGUAACAGUAAAGACGUAAUGUGUAACUAUGUACUUCACAUAUGAAGUUAAAGUUCUUAGUAACUGUUACUCAUUCCAUGGAAAUUAGGUGGCAGAACUAAAAUGAUGUACUGUAGUCUGUCAUGGAAGAGUAAAUACCAAUGUGCUUUGAAUUAAAUAAGAACGAUAUAUAUUUGAUAGAUCAUAGUGUAAGCAUAGUCGUCUUAACCAUAUUUUGGUUAUUGUCUUUGUCAGCAGGGCUAGCCUGGUAAUAGUUACUGGCUAGUUGGGCAGCUGGCUGUAUGUCAGGCAGCCAAAUCUAUGAAAUAAAACAAACUAAAAAGAAAUAUGAAUUUA